AUGAUUACAGUGCCAAGUGAUGUUAGCUGGAAGGCUUGUAAUAAUGAAAGUCCUUUCCCUGAGGAGCAUAGGACAGUCAAAAACAUAGUGGUCACUCCCAUCUCGGACGCCACAGUAAGCACACAGGCUGUUGUCCUGGAAACCGAAAUGAUUGAGAUAGCUGUUGAAGCAGCCGUGGUUGGUCAGGAAUUGGGUAAGGUAUCUAUUCAGAAUGUACAUAUUCGAUAUGAAGAUAUUGUUAGUGGUCACAGUGCAUUGGCUUGUGGAAUACUUAUUCAGAGUCUUACUGCCAUUACUACAAAUAACAAAUGGAAACCAACUCAAAUAGAUGGUGAUGCCAAAAGUAUAUUUAAGUUAGUGAAGCUGGAAUCACUAUCAAUAUAUGUAAAUCCAGUAUGCCACCCAGAAAACUUAGUAUUAAGAGAUAUGCAUUCAAGUUUUUGGAAAAAUUCAAUGAAAAAAGCUCUUGCUACUUUCAGUAUGAAUGGAGAUGAAUUUGAAUUUGGUAUGUAAUUAAAAGUUAGGUUUUCAUAUAAUUUUUAUAUUGAUUUUUACUUUUAAUAGUAUAUUUCAG